GCGGAUUUUAUUCUCCCCGAUCGCGGUCUCUUCCUCAGAGCCACGGCUGCCUGAGUCAGAUCAAAGAGUAGUGAUGAGUAACAGCCCACAUGCAAGGAUCAGUCCUGCCCUCUCCUUUUCAACAACCCUAAGGAAAAUGAUUAGGCAUUGUCCAGUGCCAUCGAUGUGCUGGUGUCACCAACAUGCUUUUCAGCUCAUUCUCACUAGUGCUGGUGUCACAAAGCCUGUGUGAGAUAAGCCCACAGAUGAGACACGGACAUCACAAUGCCUACAAGAGACAAGCACCUGACUGACACUCAAUCCAGGUGAGAGAAAAGUGAUAGCUGACAGGAAGAGGUAAACAGUCUGAGGAUCUUAAAAAGACCAUAACCCCAACCUCCACCAAAGGUGCCUGUCAAGAUUGCCCAGGUAAUAUGAAGCAUUGGAAUACUUCAAGAGACAUCUCUGAAUCUUGGGAACCAGGUAACAGCAAUACCAGGAAUGUCUUCUUCCACCUCUGUAUAUCCAAGAGAUUUCACCUCUUUAAUCAGACAGCGCUCACAUCAAUGUUUGUCACCUCUAGAUCGGGUGACUGUAACUCCCUCUACUUUGGCUGACAAACCCAAAACUCCAGCUCUACUUUGGGUGAGGAUCAACCCAAAACUCCAGCUUCUUCACCUGGCAGAAGCAAGGAAUACACAUCAGAGUUCCACACUCCACUUCUAGGGAUGGGCCCAGUUCAAGAUCCAGCCCUAAACCUCAGAGCCUUUCAUGAGCUGCAUUCCGGGUCACCUCCUCAUACAUGGAUAGGGGCAGGAACUAGGAAUGCUGGUGUGUGGCAGAACCUCCUGCUUGAAGUGGUUCCCAUUAUAACAGGCUUUACAGUUUUAAUUAAUGACUUUCAGCACCCCCACUAUACAAAUUGUUCCAGCACCUAUGCAGACAAGACCACAGUGCUUCUCGGGAACGUGGAUGUUCCUAGAAUAAAAAUAUUGGCAGCUGGAUUGGGUGCCGGACCCUACACAGUGAAAUAAUCUACAGGAGUCCAGAACACAUUCCACACUCACCAACUGGAAAGCUCAGUGCAAAAGCCUAAACUAUCCUUAGCGAUGGGGCAAAAAUGUAUGUCAAUACGUUAUAUAUUGCUCUUACCCCCGGUAGGUGAGAGCAGAGCCCAGGUUGGUUUGUCUUAUGCCUCUCUUAUUUUACUAUCUCCAUGCCUGGAUACUACAACAAUUAAUACUCUCUCUAUACCACAGCUAACCAGAUUGUUAAAAGACUCUUUUUCUACGUGUCACAAGUGUUGAAUUGUGACCUGGCCGCUAUGCCUGAUGACAUCACUCCUCUGUCAUCAAGUGAGGCUUUCAUAAUAACUGACAAGUAGUCCUCCUACAGCUUGCACUCUCCUCCCUGUUUUUUGCCCAACUGUAUAAAAACAUGAGGAUGCAGUUCACAGAAAAGAACCACAACAGCUUUGUCCUACAGGCCCUCAACAAGCAGAGAAAGAACAGGGAGUUCUGUGAUGUGGUACUCAGCGUGGACCAGCAGGUCUUCUCUGCCCACCUCAAUGUCUUGGCAGCUGUGUCUACCCAUGUGAAGAACCUGAUCUCAAGCAAUGACAUGAAGAUUGGUGAUGAACUCUUCAUCAUCAUCGAUGCUAGCUUCCUGAACCCUAUGUUGGUGGAGCAGCUGCUGGACUAUUUUUACACUGGUAAGGUGUUGGUGUCUGAGAAGAAUGUGGAGGAGUUGCUGAAGGGAGCUAACUACUUCAACUCAGAGUCCCUAAGAGCCCACUGCUCUGACUUCCUCCUCAGGUCCCUCAAGAAGAACAACUGCCUGUGCUACCUGUUCCUAGCCAAUACUUAUGAGCUGAAAGAGGUAGCCAACAGUGCCUAUGCUGGUAUCCGUGACAACUUCCACUACUGGUCGGGCCCAGAGGGAAUUUCAGACCUCCUUCGCUGCCCCCACCAGAUCUUUGGCAAGCUGCUCAGGGACGAGAACCUUCACGUGCAGAACGAGGACCAAGCCUUCCUUGCCCUGCUCCAGUGGGUGAAGCACAAAAGGGGAGAAAGGGAUAAGUAUUUCAGAAAGUUCUUCCCCUACAUUCAUUUAACUGGUGUCUCGACCAAGACGCUGCUGGCUGCCAGCCGUGAAGUGCUGCUGUUUGAGAGUCACUCUGGCCCCCUGGCCCAGAUGGAGACCAUUUUGAGUGACAGAAAGCAAGAAAAUCCUCAAAGUCUGCUGCUUUUCCAAAGAAAGGGGGCCUUAAUGGACUCUGUGGUGGUUUUAGGAGGCCAGAAAGAGCAUGGUAGAUUCAAUGAUGGAGUUUUUGCUUACAUUAUUGAGGAGAACAUGUGGCUAAAACUAACAGAGAUGCCGUAUAAAGCAGCUGCUCUCAGUGCAACUUCAGUUGGGAGGUACAUCUACGUCUCUGGGGGAACAACAGAGCAGAUAUCUGGCUUAAAGACUGCUUGGCGGUAUGAUCUAGAUAACAACUCCUGGACUAAACUGCCUGAUCUGCCUAUAGGUUUGGUCUUCCAUACCAUGAUAACGUGUGGGGGAGUGGUGUACUCUGUAGGAGGUAGCACAGCUCCAAGAAAAUACGUCUCUAACAUCUACAAGUAUGAAGAGAGGAAAGAGAAGUGGACUCUGGCUGGGAAGAUGAGCAUUCCUAUGGAUGCAACUGCAUUGAUCACAAAGGAAGACAAGUUUAUUUAUAUUGUGACAGGGAGAUGUCUGGUCAAUGGGCGUUUCUCCCGAGUAGGGAUGGUGGAUUGCUUUAAUACUCAGACUGGGGAAGUGGUACAGUACCUCACUUUUCCCAUUGAUUUCAAUCACAAACCUCUGUUGUCUUUUCAACAGGACAACAUCCUGAGUGUGAAGAGUCACAAACAAAGUCUUGACAUAAACCUGCAGAAGCUUAAAGCCAACAAGUCCAUGAACACUGUGCCUCUCUUGCCAAAUAACUAUACUUUGGAUUUGUCACAUGCAGUUUGCUCUAUUGGUGACAACAAGGUGUUUGUGUGUGGAGGCAUCAUUUGUUCAGGUGACAAGCGUCCUGAAGAUUAUUCUGUCAAUCCAAAUGCUUACCUGUUAGACCAAAAGACAGGGGAAUGGAAAGUUUUGUCCGAUCCUCCGGAAGCUCUAGAUUGCCCAGCUUGCUGUAUAGCUAAAUUGCCUUGUAAGAUUCUCCGAAAAAUUGUAAUCAAUUAAUUUGGAAAAAAACCACAAAUACAAUACCUAAUAAUAAAGAAUGAUUGAAUCAUGGAUACAAACAAAUGAAA